AUGCCCUCUCACACUCGAGAAGGUUCCCGCGACAGGGAACUCGUCCUCAGAAGUCAAUCAGUCCCCAUGUGGGAUAGUUCGGACCCUGAACGCGCACCCCCACCGCUACCUAUGAAUCCGGGAUCCGCAUCGACCAGCCCUGUAACGACCAGAGCCAAUGUAUCGCCCGGCAUCCAGGCCGUGGCCGCGAACUUUACCGAAAGGAAUCGCGACAUUGCGCCCAGCCCCUAUACGACGAACCCGAUGCCGCCCAAGUCAUCGCCGGAGAAGUCGCUGAUCAAAGGGCAAUUCCACAAGCGCAUGCAGUCGUUGCAGAACACCGAUACACGAUCCGAGUUCUUGAACUACCUGGAGAGCAAAUCGCCCGAACGCCCGAAGCGAGCAUCUAUCCUAGAGCCGCCCUCGAAACCAGAAGAAAAGAACCAGACUCGAUCCAACCCCACGCCAGAUAAUGGAGAUGCGGAGCGGGAUCUCCCCAAUCUCUACAUUUCCAACCGUUACCUGUCCAAGCCCAUUCUGGGCGAAAGUACGCCGCCAUCCGCCACCAUGCUAGCCCUUCAGAACAUGCAAUUGCCGCGCGAGAGCGACCCCCAUGCGAAAAGCCAGGACUCCGAUCCCUUUACAGGACCCUCGCCAUCCACCAACAACAGCUAUUGCUUCGAAUCCUUGUCCACCCAGAUACACAGCCUCACCGACAUUGCCAGCAACUUGCAACGUGAGAUGGCCCAGUUGAGUCGCCGCAGCAAAGACAACGCCACCGACCUCGUGAGUCUGAAGGCGGCCACCAACGCACGAGACGAAGAUAUCCGCAAAAGCCUCCGUGAGCUGUCAUCCAGUCUAGCGGCCAAGUUCCUAGAUCCUGAUGCUGCCACAAGGUGGGAUUUCGGUCCUCUUCUAGACUCUGAGAGUGGUAUUAACAACCAGGAACCGGAUAGUUCUCCGAGCUCAAGGAAGACAUAUCCCGCCGCCCGAAUGACCAGUCCUAACGCCUUUGCUGCUGCAAUGGAACGAGAACUCUGCGGCUCUCCCGCUCCAAUUUCGGACGGUUCCGCCAGUAUCGCCUUAUUGGAGAAGGUCCUUCGCGAGAUGGCAACCAAAGAGGGCCAGGAGAAGCUGGUCGAGUUGGUCGACGAGAUCAAAGCGAGACCCACGUCCGACACGUCCACGAAGGAGGUCGACACCAAAACCAUGAAAAUGCUGGAAGAGAUCCUCAACCUCGUGAAGGAGGAGUCGAAUAACAAGGCUUUGGUACGUUCACGAGGUGUUCCUAGUGCCAGUCAUCUACCCCCCAAGAAAGACAUGGACUUUAGUGCCUCCCGGACGAGAUCGCUCGACCCGGAACAAGCCUAUGCACCCGAUAUGGAAGUCAUGCACAACGGUCAGGGUAAAUCCGCUGAACGUUCCCUGGUGCACGCGGAUGGUCAGAUUUCGGACGAAAUGCUGUCGAUAAUGAAGCGCGUGAAGAACAGCGUGAUCGAGAGCGGCGGCAUGACAAAUGAGGUGAAAGCCCUCGUGCGAGAACUCCGCGGCGAGGUCUUGGGAAUGGGUCGGAACCUGGCUCGUCAGUUCGAGGAUCUCGGGGCUGCUCGCGCCAUUGAGGACAGCAAACCGCAGCCUCCUGGGAAGGAGGAAAUUUCGGCUAUUAUCGAGCAUAGUCUUUACGACCUCAGGAACCAGAUGCACGCGAUCAUUUCUGAAAACCGUCGCCAUUCGUCUGCGCUGUCUGAAUUUCGUGCCGCGAUGGAUACUGCUCAGAUCUAUUCAAUCGUCAAGCGAGCCGUUGACGAAAUUGAUGUGUCGCGGUUUCAUGCUGAGCCGCGUGGCGUUGAGAUGGAUAAGGAGGAAAUCCUCGAGACGGUCCGGGAGGCUUGGGAGACAUACAAACCUGAAAUUGAAUUGCAGAAUUUCGGUCUUGAACGGGAUGAGAUCCUGGAAUGUCUCUCGGAGGGGCUCAAGGCGUACCAGCCCCAGCACGAGCAAGCUGUGACCUACGAUCAAGUUCUUGCUGCCGUGCAGGCUGGCAUGCAACAGUUUGAACACCCACCGAGCAUCACCAAAGACGAAAUUAUCCACACCAUUCAAGAAUGCCUUCAGGACCACCAGCCAGCCCCUCGAUCGUUGGAGCCUGAACACUUGGGUGCGAUUCGGGAAGAAGUACUGCAGGCGGUCACCGAAUCAGUCACAUCUCAAAGUGCUCUCAGCCGGGAAACCGUUGACUCCGGGAUAGGCCGUGAAGAGAUCCUCAGUGCGGUAUCAGACAGCAUUGCGGCGCAUUUUUCUGCUGCCAAAGAUAUGGAGAAACCGCAUGUCACCCGGGAUGAAGUCGUUGAUGCGAUCAACGAUGCGUUCACAGCUCAACAAUCGGCGGUGAGCACCAAUGCGCAGCCGUCCAUUUCUCGGGAAGAGAUCUUGCAUGCCAUCGCAGAAGGACUCGAGCAGCAGAAUUCAAUCACUAGAGAGGUUGAGCUGAACAAGGACGACCUCAUGGAGGCUAUCUCAGCUGGUCUCCACGAAGCCACGACGUCGGCCAACCACAACAUUGGAGGUGAAGUUUUGGAGCGCCUCCAUGAGCAUCUUGAUAGCAUGAAAGAUGAACUGAGGCAAGCCUCUUCUGCGAACGAGAAAGACAUCGCGCACGUCUUGGACGCUGUCAAGGAUGGCAUUGCGGUUGUACGCCAAGAGCUGGAAAGCUACACUGCAAACAUCCCUGAAGCGUCAGGGAAACAUGAGAUUAUGGAUACCGUCAAAGAAGGGUUCCGCUUGCUCCAGGCUGACAUGGAGAAGACAAUCACUGAGACCGCUCUGUCCACCAACAGCCGUGGCAAUCCCGACACCCCCGAACUGCUUGAUGCUAUGGAGAAGGAAUUUGAGCACCUUCGAUCAACCCUCAGCGGUCUGCUACUCCGGAGCAAUACAUCAAGCGACAAGGACGAGAUCCUCGACGCCAUUCGUGACGUGUCGGAAAGUCAAAAGUCUAUGAAGACCGACGACAUCACUAGUAUCAUCAAGCAGGAGUUUGAAAAUCUCCGCGAAUCCAUGAGCAUGAGCCUCAUCCCUGCAGAACAGAAAACCGACAAGGAUGAUAUCAUCUCAGCUAUCCGCGAGAACCUGGAGUCGUUCCGUGAAGAAAGCACCCAUCCCAGGGAUGGAGGUGAAAGCGUCUUCUCUGCCACUGGCGAGCUCCUUGAUGCCUUCACUGAUGGUGUUGGAACGAUUCGGGAUGAUCUAGCAAAGCUUCUGGAACAGACGACCGAGAAUAAUCAUUUCGAGCUUUUGGAAAGCCUCAAGGAGGGGCUCAACAGCUUGAAGGCUGACGUAGAAAUGCUUCGUCAGUCCCAGAAGGACACAGAAGAAGGCGAGACAACCCGGGGUGGAGAGCUUAUGCUCGCAAACGAGUCGACCAUCAGCAGCGACAUCGAAGGGUUGAAGGCCCUUAUUACCCAGCUUCAAGCCAAAGUUGAGGCUAUCGAGUCCACCCCUCGGGCCGCAGAACCGUCCGAGGAUGCUCUCAAAAAGGAGCACCUGGACGAAGUGCUGGCUGGUCUACGCGAACUGCAGGGCUCCGUCACAGGCAUGAUAGCCCGUGAUGCUCCCACGGAUGAGACGACGGCCAAGAAGGAGGAUACUGAUGCGAUCGAAACUCUUCUCCGCAACACGAAGUCCCAACUCGACCAGAUGACCUUCCCUCCGGCCGACGAAAUCGCAAAGGCGGACCAGAUUGGUACUCUAGAGGUUCUUGUUAUGGAAACGAAAGAAGCUCUGUCCCAGUUGUCUACCCGUCUGGAGUCCGAAGGCCCUACGAAGGCCGACAUCGGUACCUUGGAAACGCUGAUGAAAGAUAUGUGGAUUGCACUUGAUGAAUCAAAGAGCAAAGGAACCGAAGAGGAGACGGAAGCGGAGAAGCUGGUCAAGUCUGAUCUGCAGACGGUGGAGGCCAUGAUCUUCGAGGUCAAGACCCAGGUGGAAGAGCUCAAGAUUCCUGACCCGGAAACCCUACCGACAAAGACCGAGAUACAGGAUCUGACCGCCCUAGUGGCGGAAUUCAAGGAGAAGACUGAGGCUGAAAAUGAGCUGACUGCUCAAGGCUUCGAGGCACGAAAGGUCGAACAUGCUGGUCUCCAUGAGAAGAUCGAGGAGGCUCGGGCCGUUGUCGAAGGGCUUGGGGAUGAGCUGAAGAGCAAGCUUGAUGGAAGCAAUGAGGGCCUUUCUGAACUGAAGCAGCUCCUUGAAGGCCUGGCUGUAUCUGCCGAAAGUUUCACGACCGUUGAGAACAUCAACGAACUCACGGAACUCAUUAACCGCGAGUUUGAGCGUGCACGGGGAGAGCAGGAUGCCGCAAAAUUGGAAAACGAGGAGCGCGACGCUGCGGCUCUUGUUAAGCAGGACGAGACACGGGCAGCUAUUAUUGUCGAACUGGGAUCCAAAAUUGACGAGAAGCUUGGUGAAGUGAUGUCCAAGUAUGACGAAGUCCAGGCUGCAAUCGACUCGAAGUUCUCGGAAACUGUGGAGAGAGACAACGCUCAUCUGGAAGCAGUCACGGACACCAAGAGCCUCGCAGAGGACAUCAAGCUGGUCAUUGGCUCCAUGGGCAACAGUGUCAACGAGGCCUGUGAACGGAUCAGUGUCGACACCAAGACAUUCUUUGAAAAGGUUGAUGUGUCAUACAACAAGAUGGAGGAGAUGCAUAAUGAAGUCAAGACACAGCAAGAGCAAGCCCGAUCUGACCUUGAGCGCGCUGCUGCUGCGACUACGCGUGUCGAGAGUCAGCUGCACGAGUUUCACCCCCAGGUCCUGGAGUCUAUUCAAAAGAUCCUUACUAUCGUCGGCGAACACUAUGACCAUGCGCAGCAGUCCUCUCGAGAUCUUAAGAUGGACUUGUCUGCCCUUCCAUCGACUAUCCCCCAAAUGCUGCCUGCCCUACCACCCCCGGAGUCGGACAAGUACGACGACAGCCAGGUCCAGGAAAAACUCAACAACCUUCUGGAUCACGCUAAGGACAGUAAAGUGCAAGAAGCGUUGAAUAUCCUGGUGGAACGUGUCACCAACGACCAGGUCCAUGAGAAGCUUGAUCAGUUGUUGAGCCACACUACGAGUACGAAUGGAGAGAUCUACGACAAGCUGAAUCAGCUGCUCGACCAUGCUACCAACAACAACAGCCCUGUUCAUGACAAGCUCGACACGCUCAUCGACCACGCGAAGAAUGCAGACCAAUCCGUUACGCAAAUGAUGAAGCUGGACGAGAUGCACAAAGAUAUCAUGGAGACAUCUCGCAAGAUGAAUGAGAUGUUUGCCGCUCAAACGGCCCUUGUUGCAGAGGAGAACGACCGCAAACGCAAGGAGGCGGAAGAGGCCGCAAUCGCUCUGGAGCGGAGAAAUGCGCAGAGAGAUCAGGUCGAGGCCGAGAUUGUCAGUCUCAAGGAGGAGAAAGACUCUCUGCUGAAGAUGAUCCACAACCUCAAAUCCGAGAAGGAAGACCUCGUCAAGCAGAACACGAAACUCAGCAAGGAGCUUUCCGGAUUGGAGAUGGCUCUUGAGCUCCGACAGGAGGAAAUGCAGGUCAUGGAGGACCGUGCCGACAGUUUGGAGAAGCGUAUCUUGGAAGGUGUUCUUGACCACGCUCGCAGUGUUCUUCUCAGCCGACCCAGCGGCUUGCAGGGAUUGAACAUGAAAAAGGCGCGAGGCCGCCCCCGCGGACCCAGCAAUACCAGCAAUGCCAGCACGGCAAAGGACUCCCGUAGCAUUCUUGGCAGCAGUGUUGGAAUGGCACUGAGGAAGCGGUCGCAGGUUCCAUCCCAGCCCAACAUUGGCACGCCAGCCAACGUGGGCAAGGAACGGCGGAUUCUUAGUCUCAGCCAUGUGACGGGUAACCGAGGUGUGACCGAUCGGCAAACGAGUCACACCAGUGGGUUUGCCAGUCUCAAGCGGAGUCACUCAGUAAAGUCCAACUUCUCUGCACGCAAGGCAUCCUGGGGCGGUCGCAGCUCUGUUGCCAACAAGGAGAACGAAGCCUUUCCCGAAGAGGAUGAACAUCAGAGCGGGGAUGAGAGCGACGCUGGUACGGAGCGACGGACAAGCUACACGGGCACCUAUGCCGAUAGCAUGGUGUACGGGACGGGCAGUGUGGUCUCCACAGAUCGACGAGUGAGCGGCGUUAGCGGUGUCAGCUCCACCACCGCACCACGCUCGGUAUCAGGUACCCAGGACGGUCGUGAGGAGGAAGAGCAUGAGGAUGGGGCGUCCGAGUCGGAAUCGUCUGAGUUCGACGAUGCAGAGACGACCAAGGCGGCCGAACCGGAGGAUCAGUUACAGCUCGAUGAAGACCAGUCGAAAAUGGUCCUCUACGGGCAGCAUAGCGACAGCGGACUUGGGGCGGAGGUCAUGAGUGCAGUUGAUUAG